CGCACCUGCAUGCACACACACCACCUCACAACCACACACUGCAUGCACACACACCACCUCACAACCACACACUGCAUGCACACACAUACACCACAGCCACACACUGUGCAUACACGCACACCUCACAACCCACAUACUGCAUGCACACACACAGCACCUACAAGCUGCAUGCUGCAUACACAAGUCAUACAGGAGAUAAACUCAGAGUCCCAGCCCCAAAUAGACCCCAUCUCUUGCUCAGUUGCUGUCAUCCUAGACCUGUUUCUUUCGCCACAUUUCUAUAAUCUGCCAGUGUCUGCAAGGAGAAGACAUGGGGGGUUUUCUACCUAAGGCAGAAGGGCCCGGGAGCCAACUCCAGAAACUUCUGCCCUCCUUUCUGGUCAGAGAACAAGACUGGGACCAGCACCUGGACAAGCUUCAUAUGCUGCAGCAGAAGAGGAUUCUAGAGUCUCCACUGCUUCGAGCAGCCAAGGAAAAUGACCUGUCUGUUCUUAGGCAACUUCUACUGGACUGCACCUGUGACGUUCGACAAAGAGGAGCCCUGGGGGAGACGGCGCUGCACAUAGCAGCCCUCUAUGACAACUUGGAGGCGGCCUUGGUGCUGAUGGAGGCUGCCCCAGAGCUUGUCUUUGAGCCCACCACAUGUGAGGCUUUUGCAGGUCAGACUGCACUGCACAUCGCUGUUGUGAACCAGAAUGUGAACCUGGUGCGUGCCCUGCUCACCCGCAGGGCCAGUGUCUCUGCCAGAGCCACAGGAACUGCCUUCCGCCGUAGUCCCCGCAACCUCAUCUACUUUGGGGAGCACCCUUUGUCCUUUGCUGCCUGUGUGAACAGCGAGGAGAUCGUGCGGCUGCUCAUUGAGCAUGGAGCUGACAUCAGGGCCCAGGACUCCCUGGGAAACACAGUGUUACACAUCCUCAUCCUCCAGCCCAACAAAACCUUUGCCUGCCAGAUGUACAACCUGCUGCUGUCCUACGAUGGACAUGGGGACCACCUGCAGCCCCUGGACCUCGUGCCCAAUCACCAGGGUCUCACCCCCUUCAAGCUGGCUGGAGUGGAGGGUAACACUGUGAUGUUCCAGCACCUGAUGCAGAAGCGGAGGCACAUCCAGUGGACGUAUGGACCCCUGACCUCCAUUCUCUACGACCUCACGGAGAUCGACUCCUGGGGAGAGGAGCUGUCCUUCCUAGAGCUUGUGGUCUCCUCUGAUAAACGAGAGGCUCGCCAAAUUCUGGAACAGACCCCAGUGAAGGAGCUGGUGAGCUUCAAGUGGAACAAGUAUGGCCGGCCGUACUUCUGCAUCCUGGCUGCCUUGUACCUGCUCUACAUGAUCUGCUUCACCACGUGCUGCGUCUACCGCCCCCUUAAGUUUCGUGGUGGCAACCGCACUCAUUCUCGAGACAUCACCAUCCUCCAGCAAAAACUACUACAGGAGGCCUACGAGACACGUGAAGAUAUCAUCAGGCUGGUGGGGGAGCUGGUGAGCAUCGUUGGGGCUGUGAUCAUCCUGCUCCUAGAGAUUCCAGACAUCUUCAGGGUUGGUGCCUCUCGCUAUUUUGGAAAGACGAUUCUUGGGGGGCCAUUCCAUGUCAUCAUCAUCACCUAUGCCUCCCUGGUGCUGGUGACCAUGGUGAUGCGGCUCACCAACACCAAUGGGGAGGUGGUGCCCAUGUCCUUUGCCCUGGUGCUGGGCUGGUGCAGUGUCAUGUAUUUCACUCGAGGAUUCCAGAUGCUGGGUCCCUUCACCAUCAUGAUCCAGAAGAUGAUUUUUGGAGACCUAAUGCGUUUCUGCUGGCUGAUGGCUGUGGUCAUCUUGGGAUUUGCCUCCGCGUUCUAUAUCAUUUUCCAGACAGAGGACCCAACCAGUCUGGGGCAAUUCUAUGACUACCCCAUGGCACUGUUCACCACCUUCGAGCUUUUUCUCACUGUUAUUGAUGCACCUGCCAACUACGAUGUGGACUUGCCCUUCAUGUUCAGCAUUGUCAACUUCGCCUUCGCCAUCAUUGCCACACUGCUCAUGCUCAACUUGUUCAUCGCCAUGAUGGGCGACACCCACUGGAGGGUGGCCCAGGAGAGGGAUGAGCUCUGGAGGGCCCAGGUCGUGGCCACCACAGUGAUGCUGGAGCGGAAGCUGCCUCGCUGCCUGUGGCCUCGCUCCGGGAUCUGUGGGUGCGAGUACGGGCUGGGGGACCGCUGGUUCCUGCGGGUUGAGAACCACAAUGAUCAGAAUCCUCUGCGAGUGCUUCGCUAUGUGGAAGUGUUCAAGAACUCAGACAAGGAGGAUGACCAGGAGCAUCCAUCUGAGAAACAGCCCUCUGGGGCUGAGAGUGGGACUCUAGCCAGAGCCUCUUUGGCUCUUCCAACUUCCUCCCUGUCCCGGACCGCGUCCCAGAGCAGCAGUCACCGAGGCUGGGAGAUCCUUCGUCAAAACACCCUGGGGCACUUGAAUCUUGGACUGAACCUUAGUGAGGGGGAUGGAGAGGAGGUCUAUCAUUUUUGAUUAGCAUCGCUGGCACUCUUGACCUUACUCCAGUUGGCCUGGGGGCAGGGACAGGGACGGAGACCUCUGCCUAUGCAAGUGUCUAACUUCUGUGCCUGUUAAUCAUGGGAGGGUGAGACAGAACAAUCCCUAAAGGGUCAUGCCUCACACUUCACAUCAGAAUUUCUGGCAAUGGGCAAUGGUCAUCGAUUGUCUCAUAUUUUCUGGGCUCUUGCAAGUCCCCCAUCUCAGGAAAAAGGAGGUUGGCAACUAAAGACAUGAGGCAGGGAUGCUAGAUUAAUGUCAGGACCAUUUCUCUUCUGCCCCACGUAGCCCCUAGAAAGUAGUAAGCUGUGAGGCUUUUCUGGCUCCCCAGGGCUUACGUGGGAAGAGCCAGGCAUGGCAUAGAGGUUGUGGCCCUUCUUUUUUUCCCAGCCUCCUGUAGGUCUCUCUCCCCACUUAGCAAGCCACCAACUGCAAUAAAAAAGUCUCCUUAUUCUUGCCUUCUUUAAUUUUUUACUGGGGCACAAUACGUGUCACAUAAAAUUUACCAUAUUAUCCAUUUUCAGAUGUGCCAUUCAGUGGCAUUAAGUACAUUCACACUGUUGUGUAACCAUCACCAUUAUUCAUUUAUGGAACUUUUUCAUCAUUCCGAACUGAAACUCUAAUCCCCAUUGAACAAUAACUCUCCAGCUAUCUCUCUGCCCUGGUCCCUGAUAACCAAUAUUCUGCUUUCUGUCUAUGAAUUUAACUAUUCUAGGUAUCUUAUAUAAGUGGGAUUCUGCAAUCUUAGUCCAAAAUUUGACACAGUUUGUUUAUUUAUUCAUCUACCAAUGGACAUUUGAGUUUUUUCUACCUUUUGGCCAUUGUGAAUAAUGCUGCUAUCAAUAUGGUAUACAAAUAUCUGUUCUAGUUUCUAUUUUCGGAUACUUUGGGCAUACACCUAAAAAUGGAAUUGCCAGACAAUUCUUAUGUUUAAUUUUAUGAGGAACUGCCAUACUGGUUUUCACAAUAGCUUUCACCAUUUUACAUUCCCUUCUAAUGGGUGUGAAGUGGCUUCACAUUGUAGUUUUGAUUUGCCUUUCCCUAAUGACUAAUGAUACUGAGCAUGUUUUUAUACACCUAUUUAUUGGACAUUUAUAUACCUUCUUUGGAGAAAUGUCUUUUCGGUUUAUUUGUCCAUUUUCGAAUUAGGUUUUUGUUGUUGUUGAAUUGCCUUAUCUUUGCUUUUCGAGGCUCACAGUCUGAAGUGUUUGCAUCCUGGUGUGUUUUUAAGAAUGUAUGGUAAAUUAGGCCUAUAUUUGAAUGGCCUAAUCAUUUCUUUUCCAGGACCCUCCUGCUCUGUCCCUAGCAGCUAAUCAUCCUUGUGCCUGGAGGCAACAGGCUCCUGCUUGUUCUCCUGACAUAGCCAUCCUCCAUUCCCAUCUCCCUUUGCCCCACACUGAGUUGUGAAAGGAACAGCAACAAUAGAGGAAGGGUCAUCCCUCUCCAGGAGGGAAAUUAGGAAUCAUGUGUCCAGGGCACCCAUUAUAGGUGCUCAUGGGCAGCCUCUCUUGUGUCUCCAGCACUAUACUUCUAAUCCCAGCCCCAUCAUCACCCUUAGCAAAAAGCCAUGUCAGCUUUUCAAAGGACUGUGGUCUGGGAUAACAAAGAAGUAAGUGGUAUUUGUGAAACCACAGACAGUUAAUUCAGAUACACCAGCUCAGGGCUGAGUGCCCAGCAGUGAGGGAUCGCACAAUGUGUAUACACAUGCCCACACACACUGGGACGCAGUGGUGGCAGGGUGUGUAAAACUGCUCAGUCACCAUCAUUCUUCUUUAUUCUCUUCAUGGUGGAAGCACUUUAAAAUUCUGCUUCAGUAGUCCUUUUUUUUUUUUUUUCUUGAGACAGGGUCUUGCUCUGUUGCCCAUGCUGAAGUACAGUGGUGUGAUCACUGCUUACUGCAGCUUCGACCUCCUGGGCUCAAGUAAUCUUCCCCCAUCAGCCUCCCAAGUAGGUGGCACUACAGGUGUGCACCACCACACCCAGCUAAUUUUUGUAUUUUUUUUAGAGAUGGGGUUUUGCCAUGUUGCCCAUGGCUAGUCUUGAACUUCUGGUCUCAAGCAAUCCACCUGCCUCGACCUCCCACAGUGCUGGGAUUACAGCAUGAGCCACUGCACUAGCCCUGUAAUCCUUUUAAUACUUGCUUAACUUGUCUAUAAACUUAUAUGUCUUUUGAUUUGAGCCCUUGGCCUGCCCCCAGGUAUUGUCCUUUGUCCUGGCUUGUGCACCUGGUAUGUAAUUAAAAUUGCUUACUGCCUAGGUUUUUCACUAAAAUAAGAAUUGCUAAGAGUUAACAUUAUAAAUUAAUGAAUGUAAUUAAAACUACUAGGUACAUACAAUGUGUAUUAAACAGGUAGGCUGUGUUUUUUUUUGGAGAACAAAUGUUAAAAUAAGUCAUGGGAGUGUGGUUCUUUUUUAAGAGAAAGUGUUUUUUUCUAGUUUAGAGGAUUUUAAGGAUUGUUUCAAGUUAACAGAAAGGACAAAACUGAAGGUUUAAGCAAGUCGUAGAAGGUUUGUGGAAGAUUGAUCUUGUGAAAGGAAUUUUGUGUGUGAUCAAGUUUGGCUAAAAUUUUAAGGGGAUUAUUUAGAUUUUAUACAAAUUGAACAUUCAUAUAAAUAGCACAUUGAUGCAGGGUCAGAAUCUGAGCACCUGUGUGAGGCAGGAUUUUCUUGGAAUAUUGAUGUGUUCUUUAACACAAAUUUGUAAAGUUUAUAAAAGCCUCAUGGAAAUCUUACCUUACAAUCAAACUAAUUAAAAUUUGGUAGAUUUGCUUAUAAGAUUCUAUUAAAGCUUUAGAAUUAACAAUACAGUAAUACAAAAAUAAAAUUUGGUUUUCUCUUUUUAAAUAAGAUUUUUGUAUAAUAUUAAGAGAUAGUAAAAGAUUUUCAUUUGCCCUUUGAAUAAACUGCCAAAAAAAUUAAAGAAGGAGAGAGAGAGACAGAUUCAGUUGGCUUCACACUGUCUCUAUUAGGUCCUAUUUUUUAGAAAACUGAGGUCUUCUUUAUCAAGGAGUAAAGAUUUCUGCUUUUUUUUUAAAUUGGUGAGUUAUCACUUUAGCUAAAUGAUUUACUUUAUAAUGACCUGUAAUCUCAUUUUGCGAUAUCAAGUGCUUUAAACUUUUAAUGUUGGACUAACUUUCCAGGAUUAAAUUCUAAAUGCAGUCUUUUAACCUCAAACUGACUUUUAAAUGUCCAACAGAGGCAUAUUUGGCUUAUUUGAUAUGUUAAAAUCAUACAGGAGGCAUUGCCAAGU